AAAGCAAGUUUUUUUUUCUGCAAAAUGAAAGUGAAAGUGUCCCUCCAACUGUGAACAACCCAGAGUGGCGCUGGAUCAACAAGGGGAUUUCUACCGAUGAAGAAUCAUGGGUUUAAUCCUAAAGAUACUUAUUUACUUGUACCUGUGUGCAGGUGUCCUGUCUAUCCAUCAGAUGCCAUGGCUUCCCUGUCAGUUCACUGAUGAGAAUGUGUUUGUAAAUAGCGAAGGUCUCACUGAGACUCAGCUCAUUCACAGAGAGGCUAUGCUGCAGUUUGGUCAGAGAGGAGAUGCUCCUGUUAACCCACAUGCCAUCACUUUCCUGGUCACGGGAUCUAAGUUGGACCUGCGGCGGUAUGUGGAGGGGGUGGAGGCAGAGCAGUUGGAGUGUGAGCUGCGUAGGUACAGCACAGAGGGCAUCCAUGUCCGCUGGCCUGUCCAGGCGAGCCAGCAGGAGUACAACCGCUGGUUCAGCUGCACUCUUAAACACAGCAAGGGCCUGUUCACCAUCACUGGCUUUCUCAGACACCCAUCUGACCAACCCCCCACAGGACAGCAGGACUACCGCAGCUGGCCUGCAAUCAGGGACAGAGAGAUACUCACAACAUCAGUUGCCAUGGUCAUUAAAACAGAGUCUCCGUCAGUGAAAGCAGGCCUGAGCUCCAAACAAAAGCUUCACUGCCAGUUCGCUCUUGACCACAAGGGACCAAACAUAACUGUUGAGUGGUACUGGCAGUAUCGUGGGGAGAGAACCAGACUCUUCAGCCACACCAGCCGCACAGGGCAAACCCAGGGGACUGGUGUUGGGCUGAAAAGCCUCGCAGGCGGGGAUGCAUCCUAUACCAUCCCCUUCACCAAGAUGAGCAGUGAAGGGACGUACAUUUGCUCAGUGUUAGUGAAUCCACUAUUCGCCAGUCUGGAUAUUAAUCUGCGUAUUGAAGAGCCUCCCCGUGUCUCUGUCAACGUCGGAUCAGCUCUCUCACUGCAGGAUGGCGGGGAGCAGAAGGUUGUUUGUGAGGCAGAGAGUUAUUACCCUCUGGAUGUGGAGAUAGUUUGGUAUGAGCAGGACCCAGCAGCGUCAGGCCAGAGGGUUGGCGCUCCUCUGCCCAAGGUGCUCCAGAACAUUCUGCUGUCCAGCCACAAACACAACCAGGACAAGACCUACUCAUUAUCGGCUUUUUUCUACCUCCGGGCUUCACUCAGGGACUCAGGGAGACAGUUUACAUGCAGCGUGUCCCAUCAGUCCCUGAGAGUGCCCAUCAAAAAGAGCUUCAUCCUGACAGUUGAAGAGCCAAGCAGCUGGCUUUUUAACCUCACUAUUGGUGUGAUUGUGAUCACGCUGCUGGUCAUUCUGUAUGUGAUGCUGCAGUUCCUGCACUCAGCAAGACGAAAGUCAGUACAGAAAAAACCAUACUGAGACCCGGUGACCUGAGCAGAGCAUCACAAGCACCAGUGAAGGCAGACUGUCUCCCACACUCCUCCCUCAUUGAUUUUUAUUUCAGAAUGUCUUAGAGGUUUGAUUUUUGUUUGCUGUAAAAGGUGAGUUUAGGUUUCUGUGAAACUAGCAGAGGGUUUUCAAGUUGCUUUGAUUUUGCUGUGAUUUCACUCAUGAUAGAUGUUGAAUGCUGAAGUAAAUAUUUGGUCUUGAUUGGACAGCAGUCCAUGCACUGCCACACUGGUGAUGAGCAGUUUAAAGGUACCUGGUGGAGUUUUUGACCAGUAGUAGUAUCAGCACUAUGGAGCACUCUUUGACAAUACAGCAAUACAAGUGUAAAGACAACAUGGCACACAUUCCUGCUGUGAUGGUUUCACACUUCCAGUGAUCUACAGGUGGUGGUAAUGUAUGAUGAUACAAAGCAGAAAAAGACAGCUUGCUAGCAAACAUAGAUGUAAAAAAUUAUUAUUUAAAAUAUUUGAAACAUCAGCCUUGUAAAUGUUUUGUGAGGAAGUAAAUACAUUCAACAUGUUUGCCAGACCUCAAGGAUACACACAGCACAUCACAACGGUUUUCAAGAAAACUCCACAGAGGUCCUGUGAUGAAGUAUAACUGGAGUGAAUCUUGAAUGUCAGAAAACCUGCUGGUUUAUUGUUAAAUGAUGUACAAAUGACUGUAGAUUAAUAAUUAAAUUGUUUAAAUAAUUACACACCAAGCACUGUUAUCAUUACAUUGAUUCAAAAAAAUGAUCAGGCAGUUUUUACAUUAUUUUUGGACGUUUGUGAGUGAAUAAAGUGUUCUUGCAGAAAACUC